GUGUUGUGGGAAGACUGGGAGAAAGAAGAUGUGCAGUGAAAGACCCGGGAGGACAAGCAUGGUCAGGCACCAAGGAGGGUGCUAGGAGGGGCCGUUUGGGGAAGUAGCCCAGGGAAGGGCUAUAGCUCCGGUAGUAUAGGAAAAUUGCCUGUUGCCGGUGUGAUUAAGGUCCCUAGGCUGGAACCCGGAGAAGAGGGCGGGCCUGGGUUUCCCCCAACCCUCCUCACACUGCUACAAAAACACUCCCUGAGAAGGAAGACUGGGGCUAAAGAGGGCUCUUACACCAAACCCAUUGACUGGCCAAUGAUGAAGGUGAAUCAGUAAGCUGUAACCCUUGCCUCUAGGAGGGGAGAGAGGCUACACUGAGGGGCAGAGCAAACCUCUGAGGCAAGCCCUAACUGCUCAGAAGCACAGGACUCCCUGAGGCAAAGCUGGAGCUCUGCUACACUAUGUAAAUCAGAAGAGGAUCACCCUAUUUUUUAUUGGAAGAACAAGGCCCCGGGGUAGAGGCAAAAAUGUACAAAAUGCCUAUUUGCGUGCUACAGCUAAGCAGGGUGGUGAUGAACCACAAGCUCUGGGCUGUGUUUAUCAUCACCUUUAAGUUCAUGUCCUUUGUCUCCAUAAUGUUCUACUGGAGAAUCACUGAGGAUGCCAAAAGCAAGAGUCUGCUGUAUGGCUUGCCUCUGGAAGUCAAAUGUCCUCAAUCUGUGCCUUCUCCUCCCCCAGCUGUAUCUGGCAGGCCACCUCCACCGCCUGGGGAUAUAUUUUUUGUGGAAACCUCAGAUAGAACCAACCCAAGUUUUCUCUUUAUGUGCUCUGUUGAAUCAGCAGCCAGGGCUCACCCUGAGACCAAAAUAGUCAUCCUUAUGAAGGGGUUGGCAAACAGAAAUUUCACUCUGCCAAAACACUGGGGCUUCUCUCUGCUGAGCUGCUUCCCCAAUGUGGAAAUCCGCCCACUGGACUUGAAUGACCUUUUCUCUGGUACCCCUCUAGCUGACUGGUAUUCGGUGGCCCAGCACAGAUGGGAGCCUUAUUUCUUACCCAUACUUUCUGAUGCCUGUAGAAUUGCUAUCAUGUGGAAAUUUGGGGGUAUCUACUUAGACACAGACUUCAUAGUCCUUAAGAACUUAAAGAACCUCACCAAUGUGCUUGGAACCCAGUCCAAAUAUGUAUUGAAUGGGGCUUUUCUCUCCUUUGAAGCCAAACACAAGUUCAUAGAGCUUUGCAUGCAGGACUAUGUGGAUAAUUACAACGGCUGGAUCUGGGGGCACCAGGGCCCACAGCUUUUAACCCGUGUUUUCAAAAAAUGGUGCUCCAUCAGGAGUCUCCGGAGCAGUAAAAGCUGUAAAGGAGUCAGUACUCUUCCCAGAGAAGCCUUUUAUCCCAUCCGCUGGCAGGACUGGAAGAAAUACUUUGAAGUGGUCAGCUCUUCAGAGCUUCACAGACUCUUCAAGAACACCUAUGCAGUGCAUAUUUGGAAUAAAAAGAGUCAAGGAACAAGAUUUGAGAUCACCUCAAAAGCUUUGCUGGCUCAGCUGCAUUCCCACUACUGCCCUUCAACAUAUGGGAUAAUGAAGAAGUAUUUUUGAAAGGAAUUGAUUGACCCACCUGUCACCUAACUGAACAAAGGAAGUAGCCAAAACUGUUCAGCCUUCUGAGCAAAAAUAUACAUUUGAAAGUACUUACAUCUCUGUGAACCAUCAAGCACCAGGCAGUGUGAUGUAGUGAAAUUCAAAGAUAAAUGUAGGGCAGGGUGAAUGUAGGUUGAACACAGGAGUUAACUAAAGACUGAGCAGUGCUUACCUCGUUUUCCUUCCUUUCCUUACACUUGGGUCCCUUUACACUACUCUGGCUGUGUAAAGGGACCUUAAGACGGGAGUAAAUGUUACAACACUCUGUCAGCAUAAAGAGGUCUUAAAGUGAGAGUAAAUGGUCUUUAUUCUGCCAACACGGCAUAAAGAGGCCUUAGUAUAAAUGAAAAGCUGGACCCAGUUCACAAGAAUCAACCAGUGAACUCCCAAAUAUCUCUAAAGAAAUAAAGUGAGGGAAGUAGAGGGAAGAUGAAUUGAGGAAGGAGUUAAAGGGAGGAUCAGAAAAGGCAGCAAGGGAAGAGAAUAAGGAAGAUGAGAGAAGAAGGAAAGGGCAGAUUUUUUUUUUUUUUUAAAAACCUUUUUUUUUUCUUUUUCCUUACUGCAGAAACCAGUGGCCGAAAGGAACUUCCACAUGUUCCAGCUUUUAUUUUACAAAGCUUUAAUUGGACACUUCUGUAUUUACAAGGAGCCAUGUGCUGUAUAGUCCUUGCUCAGUUCUUAAUGGGGCAAAUUCCCAUUGUCUCCAACGUGAGGUUUGACUGGAUAAGGAAUUCAGGGUUUGUCCAAAGGUGGUUUUUUUUUUUUUUUUUUUUUUAAAUUAAAACUUCUAAGCAGUCAUGGGACAAACUUUAUUUUAGACUAUGGUCAGAAUUAAUAUGCUAUGAAGAGGCAAGUGAUGAAUGUGUCCAAAUCAUGUCCUUACUUUCUUCUGAUUGGAGAGCUAUAAAAUGUCACUUCCUUUUAUUGGAAUGAUCUGGGUUUAUGUGUGUACACCCACUGCAGUAUCUGAGCACUAUUAAUCAUUUUAUUCUCACAACACCACGGGAAGGCAGGGAAGUACCACUCUCCUAUUUUACAGAUGGAGAACUGAGACAGAGAGAUUAAGGAUGGGAGUUAGUUGCCUAAAUAUCUCUGAGGAUCUGGGCCUAAGCUCCUUGCCCAAGAUCCCAUAGGAAAUACAUGGUAGAACUGGGAGUUGAACCUAGAUUUUUCUGAACCUCAGUUUAGCACCAGAACUGAAAGGCCAUGCUUCUAACGCUUUCAAAUCUUCUGUGACAUUCUGCUGCUAUUUCUGGCACAGAAAGUAGCCUGGAAGUGCAGGGGUCUUCUUUGAUUCCCUGAAUAAAUGCUACUGAAAGCAUCAGUGGCUCUCAGACUCUUCCUAACUGAUGCGUGGGGCGGGGAAAGACAGUUUAUGUUGUGGAAAAAGUUCUCUUUGCAGACUCCCAGCACUGGGAUGAGCACAAGGAGAGACCAUGAAAGUUUUGGGACUUUUUAUCUUGACAGGAAAUUCCAGUUUUCAUAAACUCAGUGUAAAAUAAAUGAUGAAUUCUGAAUUUCCUUUCUUACACAACAGAUUGUAGCUGUGUGCUGUUACUAAUGGGGUCGUGUAAGCAUUACAACAUCAGUGAACUAUCUGCUCUGUAUGAAGGCAGAGAUGAGCUGCCAACAGUCCUGUCAGGGGAAGCGUAGCAGUGAUGGAAGGCAAUGAAUGGGAUGGUUUUUGCAACAUUGGAGGUACUUGUCACUGAAAGGGUCAGGUAGAAUAAAGUGGUGAUAUACUUUGGUGGAAAGGAGGGGGAAGCACUGGGUGGGAGAGAAAUUUUACUGCUCCAUCUCCCAGCUUUCGAGCCUUCAUUUGAAGCUUCUGCUGCUGCCACCACAGGGCACCUCUCCUGUCCUUGAUUCACCACCCUCCCACCUGGCUGUCUCCAAUCUUGAGACCUGACUUUGCAAGAGACUGAACAUUUCCUGUGAAGUGAAUGGGAGCUGAAAAAACUUAGUCUCACAGGAGGCAUUCAGCACCUUGCAGGAAUGGGCUCUUACUGGUUAAGUUAGCUUCCACAGUGGGGGGAAAACGUGCUGCCUGCCUCUGUCUUGACCACCACGUCUUCCUGCUCUUUGAUUCAGCUGUGAGUCUAUAGCAUGAUUUGGAGCACAGCUGAACCGACAAAGAAGCAUCAGUAGCUAUAAGGGAGGCAGGUUGCCAGCUAACACAUCAGUCUCCGUGCACACGCACUCUAAAACAAGAUGUAUAGUAAGAGGGGUCACCCAGGGACACAGACAUGUGGUGAGAUGGGUUGUUAUGGGCGAGUGGAGCAUCAUCCAUCUCCUACCCUGUACUCCAUAAAGGAAACCAUAGCACUAUAAAAUAUUUUACACACCUUGUUUGAGCCUUAAACAGUUGGUUUUCUUAUGAAUAAAGAUGGACUCAAGCUGUUAACUUCAGAGCUAAAAAUAAGCUUGUCUGAUGUUCAGGGACAGUGGCUGAUUCAGUGCUCCAUUUCAUGAACAUGACUAAUGCUGAAUCCUAAUGGGAUGGCAUCAUCUGGCACUUCUGGAAAACUGCUCUAAGUCAUGAUCCCACCAACACUGCUGACUGCUCUGGCUCUAUCUGACCUUCAAGUCUGCAGCUGCUUCAGGGCUUUUUCUGUUUCUCAGCUCAAACACAAGCAAGCACGGAUUUGCUCAGCUAAGCGAAGGAAAUGUGUAAAACAAAAGAUAGCCUGAAGCAUAGUAGGACAAAAUCUCUUUAUUUCUUUCUCUCGGUUUACUUGCAACCACCCAAAUAACAGAAACAGCAGAGCAAAAGAACCCUAACCUACUAUGGAACUCAUCCCCCUCCCUUCACAAGGCUAUGAGUAAUCAGGUGUGGUUUAUUUUCCCUCUAAACCUUAGGUCACAUUCUUCAUUUUACUCUCCUUCUGCUGUAUGUCCUACAGUCAUUUUGGAACUUGUUGGUUUCCCCACAGUCCCCACCUGAGCACAUCAAAAUACAGAAUAGACACUUUUCAAAACAAGUGUACUUACCAAAAACCAAAAAUGUCGAAGAGCAUAGGAACUGUGUUCCUACACAGACCAUGGGUAUGCUGUCUCCAUCCACUGGAGCCAGUGUUGGCUAUUUCAGAGGAAGGCAAACUGUGUGCCCAUUGUAACUUUGCAACACUAUAGGCUGGGGAUCUUCCUGAAUAUCUGAGACAUUAGCAUUGGUAGCCCUUGAAUUUUUUUUUCAGCUUAUGUCAGUGCAGCUGCUAUUCCUGUCUAUAUAAAUUGAUAGAAAUGCAAGAAAUUGCCAGGCUGGAAAAGAUCCCUGGUCUGGGUAGUAUGGUAUCCUAUUUCUGGUAUUUCUCUUUUACUUGGCCUCAGUCCAGCUGAGCAAUGAAAUGUUAGCUGAGCCAGGGACAGCCUAAUGGUAAAGGCAUAGACUUAAUUUGGUCAGGCUGCAUCACAAAGAGUGCACUUUAUUUAGUCACACUCUUUGCCUCUGAAUUUCAUGUAAAAUAUAGCACUGCUUAUGUGAAAAAAGUGCCUUUUCAUAUAAUGGCCGAUUUCUCUGCAACUCAUGACCUGUGUAAAGAGCUUUGCACUAAUCCCAUGUUCUCUCCACUACUGUAAAUAGAAUAGAGGUCAGUUGUUAAAUUGGGAGGAAGUCCCUCUGUCCUAGUAGAACAUGGGAAGUUGGGUCAGUUGUGUCCUGCCAGAUUAGCUUGCAGUAUAUUAGGAAAAUUCUAAAUUUAGAAUUUGGGUGGAACAUUGUUGAUUUAUGGCAGCUUAAUAUCAGGCUAAAGGAAGAGGCCGAUCUAGUCUGCAGUGAAAUGCUUAAUAAAGGCCUUUGCAAAUUAAGGCUCACGUGCCUUGAAUAUCUCCCUUCUGACUGCUGCCUUAUUGGUCCUGAUCAUACAUAUAAAAGGGGUGCCCAGUGGAAUUCAGAUGUUUCAUUUGCCUGGUGUUUCCUUCUCCAUUUUGAGGAAAAUCAAUACAGCAUCUCUCUCUCAUCCAUGCACGAGGAAACAGACUUGAGCAUGUACUGGUUGUAUUUGAGUCACUUGCCCCGAUGGUCCAACCUCAAGGGUUAAAUAGUAGAUCUGGUUUAAAAAAAAAAUGGAUAGAAUACUUUUCUGUCACAAUGCAGUUUUGACUAAAUCAAAACUUUUUGCAGGAACAGAGAUUUUUAUUUUUUUUUUUUACUUUUGCAAUGGGUAAAAGUCAAAACAUUUUGUGUUCAGAGUAAUUUUGAUUGAUUUUUGUUUGGCUUUUGGUAUUCUAUUAAAAUACAUGUAUGUAAUGAUUUAAUAUGGUAUAAAAGUUACAACAAAAUGAAUUGAAAUGACACUUUUUGAAAUGAAAUGUUUUUACAUUGAUGAAAUAUUUCAAAGCUAUUGAAAUUAAAUGUUUAGAUGGUCCCAUCUUGAUUUUUUUUUCCUCUUAAUUUUUGGUUCACAAGAAAUUACAAAAUUUUGGCUUUUUGUUCUGGUUUGGAACAAAUUUUUUUUUUUUUUUUUGGUCAGACUCUCCUGCAGAAUGGAAAUUGUGGCUCCCAACCGGCUGUAAUAAGCUGUAAUGUUGUCUGAAGCACCAGCCAAAUGCAGUUCAAUGCGGAAGAAUCAUUAUCGAGAAGGGAAAGGGGAAAUUUGGUUGUGGUUUAAAAAAUAAAAAUAAAAAAAAAUUCAAAAUAAUCUGGAAGAGGUCCACUGUGACCUUUUGUUAAUCAGAUAAGCAAGCAUCUAUGUCUUUCCCUGAAGACUGUCAAAAUUUAACUGGUGCUCCUGUUACUUAGCUUGCACGGAGAUAUGGAAACUGGUGGGGACUUUCUAUAAGCUGUAGCCAGGACUUACACUGAUGAUGAAAGGUAAAGAGAUGAACAGUUAACUGUGACCUUUUUCACGGUGCUGUCUUUACGAGGCAACCUGGGUCAGGAUUUUAGCUUCUAGGCAAAGGAAACUCCUGCAAUAUUGCAGCAC